CCCCGUGGGGGGCGGGUGCGGCCGGGCGGGGCGGCGGCGAUGGCGGAGAGCGACUGGGACACGGUGACGGUGCUGCGCAAGAAGGGCCCGAGCGCCGCGCAGGCCAAGUCCAAGCAGGCGAUCUUGGCGGCCCAGCGGCGCGGGGAGGACGUGGAGACCUCCAAGAAGUGGGCAGCAGGCCAGAACAAACAGCACUUCAUUACAAAGAACACGGCCAAGCUCGACCGUGAAACGGAGGAGCUGCACCACGACAGAGUUUCCCUGGAGGUGGGCAAAGUGAUCCAGCAGGGCCGCCAGAGCAAGGGCCUCACGCAGAAGGACCUGGCCACGAAAAUCAAUGAAAAACCACAAGUUAUCGCUGACUAUGAGUCGGGACGAGCGAUCCCCAACAACCAGGUCAUGGGCAAGAUCGAGAGAGCCAUCGGCCUCAAACUGCGUGGGAAGGACAUUGGAAAACCGCUGGAAACCGGACCCAAAGGGAAAUGACAACAAAGCCUCGAAAUCAGCUUGCUCAGACUGAUCUGGCCCGGCUGGUUCUCCUCAAACACUCUGCUUAUUGCCAAGCUGAACAAGAGGGUUUCAGACUUGCUUUGGGGGGGAACUCUGCCGAAUCUGUACCUGCUGUAAAAAGGCAAUCUUAAAGAAGCAAUUUUCCUGAUAUUUCUUUUUCCUUCCUCCUUUUCAGAGAUUGAGGAUCUAAACCCCCCAAAAAACCCAGACCCUGCCUCUGAUUUGCCAGAAACACGUGCAUUGUGAUGUUAACAGCAGCUGAUGUUAAGGCACUUAGGGUGGUCUGAAAUGUGAUCAUUUAGUUAGGACAGUUUGGGGGACAGGUGGGAUAUAUAUAUUAUAUAUAAAUAAUUUGGGAGAGUUGGGGCUUGAUCAGAAAUGAUGACUCAGUUGCUAUAUCUCAAUGAGUUUGGUGUGUUCCUUCCAGCCUGUUUUAAAGAGAUCUAUAAUAAAAUUUGAUACCCUUCAA